AUGGCUUCAUUAUUGAGGCCGUUCAUCAUCGGUCUUAUUUUAUUUUUAUCUAUUCUUAGUCAAAUUGAAACUCGAACAGCUCAAAAUGAUGAUGUAUCAAAUAUUAGAGUAAAGAGACAAGAAUAUAAUCCGUAUCCUUAUGAUCACCGACAACGAUAUCCUCAACCUCCAUCCGGACAAUAUCCAUCAAAAGAACCUAGUGAAACACAGGUUCAAAGUUCUGAAUGUAAAGGUUGUGGUCCACGACGUGAUUGUCAAUGCCCUGGAAAAGGUGCUAUGGGUAUAACUGGUCCACAGGGUUUUCCAGGUAUUCCAGGCGAUCGUGGUCUUAAAGGUCCGUCAGGACGAUCAGGCAAUUCAGGUGUUUCUGGUGAAAAAGGUGAUCGUGGUCAAUAUGGUAACAAAGGAGAACGAGGUGAUGAUGGGUUAUUGCCUAUUGAUGGUCAAAAUGGUUUUCCUGGACAGUCUGGUGCUGUCGGUCCACGCGGUAUUCCUGGUGUACCCGGUUGUAAUGGUAGCAAGGGUGAACCCGGUGAUGAUGACCGCAUUGGAUUAGAUGGCCUACCGGGUGCUCCUGGUAUACCAGGCUCAGUUGGCUUGCCAGGUGAACCAGGUGAAUCAAUGGGUUUUGGCGGUGUUGUACCAGGACCACGUGGCGAUCCCGGAAUGCCUGGUCGUUCCGGUGUACCUGGUUGGCCCGGUCCCUCAGGUUCUCCAGGUUUGCAAGGUCCAUUGGGACCACCAGGACCAGAUGGUGGCCCUGGACCAAGAGGUGAUUCAGGAUUACCAGGACCAAAUGGUCCCACAAGCUAUGGUAACAAAGGUCAACGUGGUGAUCCAGGUGAUAAUGCUCCGACACCAGUCGAUCCAGUGCCGUAUGGUCGUUUACGAGGUAUUACAAAUGUCCAAGGACCACCUGGUAUACGUGGUCCAGAUGGUGAUCGUGGUUAUAAAGGAGAUCGCGGUCAACCUGGUUAUUUGGGUAUUGAUGGUUUACAAGGAUCUAAAGGAGAAAAAGGUGAAAUUGGGGCGCCUGGAUCACAGGGUAAAAUGGGUAAAGAAGGUUCUUCUGGCCCAUAUGGUAUUAAAGGCGAAGCAGGCCCACCUGGUCCACCUGGAAGUGAUGGUCUUCCUGGCGAACCUGGCCAAUCUGGUUAUUCUGGCCCUAAAGGCCAACGUGGUGAUCAUGGUGUAAACGGUCCAAAUACUUAUGGUAGCAAACGUUUUCGACCACUUCCUGGACCACCAGGUUAUCCAGGAAUGACAGGUGAUGCUGGACCAAAUGGCUUUCCAGGUGCUCCCGGUUUUCCUGGUCGGGAAGGUCUUAAAGGUGAACGAGGUGAUUAUGGUUCCCCUGGUCGACCUGGUCCUAUGGGAGAAACAGCUGAUGCCGAAAAGGGUGAUCGAGGUGCUGACGGACUUUCUGGUCCUCCUGGACCACCUGGACCUGCUGGUAUCCCGGGUGAAAAAGGUGUUCUGGGUGAAAAAGGAUUAGCUGGUGAAGAGACAUAUGGACCACGUGGAACUAAUGGACUUCCGGGUCGCACUGGAUAUCCUGGUUUACCCGGACCAUCAGGUGAUAAUGGUGAACCAGGUUUGCCAGGAUAUGGUCCUCCUGGUCCGCAAGGAUAUCCAGGUCGUCCAGGUCAGCCCGGUGCACCUGGUUUUCCCGGUGUUCCCGGACCGAAAGGUGAUGUUGGUGAUGCUGGUGGUUGUGGAUUUUGUCCACCUGCUGCACCCGGUCUUCCAGGUGAUCGUGGUAGCCAAGGUUAUCGUGGUCGACCCGGCUUAACUGGAGCACCUGGCUAUCGAGGUGAAAAAGGAGAUACUGGACCAAGUGGAGCUCCUGGACCGAAUGGUUUACCUGGACCGGCUGGAAUUCCUGGUCGAGAUGGUUAUCCAGGUUUAUCAGGGCGUAAAGGUGAAUCUGGCGAAUUGAUUGGUGCUGAUGGCAUUAAAGGUCGUCGAGGAAUACCUGGUGAGUCAGGAGUUAAAGGUUAUAGUGGUGAUGUUGGUGAAUCUGGUAUUAAUGGACGUGAUGGUUAUGAUGGUAUUUCUGGUGCACCUGGCCUACGUGGUCCUUCAGGUGAUGUAGGACGGUCAGGAACUGCGGGUAUUACAGGACCUAAAGGUCCACAAGGUUCAGCAGGACCACCGGGUCAAGUAUUUGCACGUGGCCCACGUGGUGAUCAAGGUGAAAGUGGUCCAGAAGGUAAAACUGGACGACCUGGUCUUCCUGGUCCACCUGGUGACGAUGCCCCAGUACUAGUGAUUACACCUGGCGAAAGGGGCAUUAAAGGAUAUCCGGGUGAUCAAGGUUUUGCUGGUCAACCUGGUGCUCCUGGAUUACCUGGACGAGAUGGUCUACCUGGUACUAAUGGUUUUCCUGGUCCAAAGGGUGAUGAUGGUCGACCUGGCUUUCCCGGGGUACCUGGCGAAAAUGGUGUUAAAGGCUAUCCGGGUAUGGAUGGACGACCUGGUCUUGAUGGACGAUCUGGUCUUCCAGGAAUGAAUGGACAACCUGGUCUACCUGGUUUACCAGGAGCUAAAGGACAACGAGGUGAAACUGCUGUUGCAACAAUAUCUGGACCACGAGGCAAUCCAGGUCCAAAAGGUGUUACUGGUGAACGUGGUGCACCUGGCAUAUUAGGAAGUCGUGGUAUACCUGGUCCACGUGGUUUACCUGGCAAUCCAGGUAUAAAUGGCCUUCCAGGACAAGCUGGUCUACAAGGACAGAAAGGAGAAAGAGGUGGUACUGGAUCUGCUUGGCAAGGUGAUGUUGGUUUGCCUGGUGCACGUGGUCGAUCUGGAGCCCCUGGAAUGGCUGGUGCUCCAGGUAGUCCUGGUCCAGCUGGUUUUCGUGGUUUACCUGGUGACAUGGGUCGACUUGGUCAAAAUGGUGCACCUGGUUUUCCCGGCAGACCUGGCGAACGUGGAUUACCUGGUGGUGCUGGUGCAAAUGGGCUUCCAGGUUUUCCAGGACCUAAAGGUCUUCCAGGUGAUGUUGGAGAACAAGGUAUUCACGGUGGCUAUGCUGUACCAGGUCAAAAAGGAGAAAUGGGAGAGACUGGUGACGUUGGUCUACCGGGUAUUAAAGGUCUUGCAGGAGAAUCUGGCACAUUUGGUCCCAAAGGAUUUCCAGGCGAAGUUGGAUACCCAGGCUUAUCUGGCACACCUGGCCUACCUGGUCGUGAUGGACGUCCUGGUUUACCUGGUUUGAAAGGUGAAAUGGGUGAUUGGUUUAAAGGCGUUAAUGGUAUACGAGGUGAACCUGGUUUACCUGGCCUUCCUGGUAUACCAGGUGCUCCAGGUCUUCGUGGAUUGGCUGGCCUCCCAGGUGCUAUAGGAUUACGUGGACAACCAGGUCUUAUUGGAUUUCCAGGUCUUUCCGGUCUUAGUGGUGCACCUGGCUUACCUGGAUUGAAAGGCCAACCAGGACAAAGUGGUCUUCCUGGACUUGCUGGAUCUCCAGGUGAUCGAGGUCUUCCUGGUCGUUCUGGUUUACCAGGUAUACCUGGCCUUAAAGGAAUGAGUGGAGAACGAGGUCGUGAUGGACGAGCUACAGAAUCAGGACCAAAAGGAGAACCAGGUGAUGUUGGUCCAUCUGGAAUUCCUGGACUUUCUGGAAUGAUUGGUGAUGCUGGUAUGUAUGAUUUAGUAUAUCGUUUUUCAUUUUCAUAUGGUAUACCAGGUAUUACUGGUCUACAGGGAGCACCAGGUCGUGAUGGUCUUCCGGGUUUACCAGGAGAGAAAGGUUUAACAGGCAUACCAGGAAAACCAGGACGACAAGGCUUUCCUGGUUUACAAGGACCUAAAGGAAAUGCUGGCUAUCCUGGUCGUCCCGGUGUGAAAGGUGCACAAGGUGAAAGCGGUAUGUACAAACGAAAUUCAUCAUUAAUUUCAAUCAAUAUGAUCAUGGUUUAUUUGAUUUCUAUUUUAGGUGGUCGUACUUUACCAGGUCUUCGUGGUGAUGCCGGUCGCGAUGGUGUUCCAGGUCGAGCAGGUCUUAGAGGACCACCUGGUGACAUUGGUCUGCCUGGUCCACCUGGUCGUGAUGGUCGUGGAGUAGCUGGUAUACGAGGACCAACAGGAAAUCGUGGUCUAGAUGGUUUGCCAGGUCGACCAGGUUCAAUUGGAUUUCCUGGACGAGAUGGUAAACCAGGUUUAGCUGGUCCUUCUGGUGUACCGGGUCUUCUUGGAAUCAAUGGUCUUCCUGGUAUAUCAGGUGCUGCUGGUGCAAAAGGAUUACCAGGUCAACCAGGACCAGCUGGAAACUCAGGUGUACCCGGAAGACGAGGAGAACCAGGCAUACCAGGCAUUUCUGGAAUCCCAGGUCGUAAAGGAGAAAUGGGGGAUGCAGGAUCACCCGGUGCUGAUGGAUUUCCAGGUAUACCAGGUCCAAAAGGAGAAACAGUACGAGUAGAAACUUUAGUACAACCAGGUGCAAAAGGUGAACGUGGUGAUCAAGGAUUUCCUGGUGCUAAUGGGUUACCAGGUAAAAUUGGUCUUCCGGGACCAAAAGGUUAUCCAGGUCAAGUCGGUCUUGCUGGUCGUCCAGGCAGUCCAGGCUCGUUAGGAGCUCGUGGUUCAAUUGGCGACUUUGGAUCUCCGGGAGCACCUGGUUUACAUGGCCCACCAGGAUCACCAGGUAUUGCUGGUCUUCAAGGACUUCCAGGAGAUACAGGUGAAGGUUCAUUCAUAUUUUCACGUCAUAGUCAAGAUAAAACCAGUCCACAAUGUCCAUAUGGAACAACAAAAAUGCAAGAAGGUUUUUCAUUUAUGGGUAUGCAAGGUGAUACAUAUGCUGCUCAUCAAGAUCUUGGUGGUUCGGGUAGUUGUUUACGUCGUUUUAGUGCAAUGCCAUUUUUAUUUUGUGAUAUUGGUAAUUCAUGUCAUUAUGCAUCACGUAAUGAUUAUUCAUAUUGGUUAUCAACAAAUGAACCAAUGUCAUCAAGUAUGGCACCAUUUGAAGCACGUGAUAUACCAAAUCAUUUAAGUCGUUGUGUGGUUUGUGAAUCAGCAACACCAGUAUUUACAAUUCAUAGUCAAUCACAACGUGUUCCAACAUGUCCUGAGGGAUAUGAUCUUUUAUGGACUGGUUAUAGCUUUGUAUUUACAUCAGCUGAUGGUGGUCGUGGUGAUCAACAAAGUUUACAAUCACCUGGUUCAUGUCUUGAAAAAUAUCAUGAUCGACCAUAUUUUCAUUGCAAAGAUCAUUCACAGUGCAAUUAUUAUCCAAAUAUGAUGACAUUCUAUUUAGCUACAUUAGAUGAUUAUACAGGCUUUGAAAAACCCAAAUUACUGACAUUAAAAGCUGGUACACAAAGACAACAUGUUAGUCGUUGUGCUGUAUGUCAUGCUAAUCUAUUUAAACAGACAACUCACGGACCAUCAGCAUUUUUUGCACAAGUCAAGAAAAUUUAA